AUGAUUGGGGAAUGUUUAACAAGAAUUGGACAACUAUGUCGUAAAGUUGACAAAUUUAAUGAAGCAUAUCGUCAAUGUUCAAUAACGGAUUCAAUUGAUAUUACCAUUGUCUAUGAAAAUCUUGCACUUUGUUAUAGAAAAAUAAAUAAAAGAACAGAAGCACUCGCAUCUUUCAAUGAAAGUCUUUUAAUUUAUCGAGCAAAAUAUGAAAUUAAUCAUAAAAUAGUGAAAUCAAUUGAAGCGAAUAUUGCCGAAAUGAAUGCUGAACAACAAAUCAAUAUUAUAAUUGAAUCGAUACCUGAAGAACUCAAUCCUGAUAAAAUGGAAAACAAGACAAAAACUCCUGUUAAACGUAGUAGAUGUUCUGAUUGCAUCAUAUUAUUAAAAAAAAAGCAUCAUCUAUUCACUUUUAAAAAUGUGUAUGCAUUCGACGGAGAACGAUUAGAAAUCGAAAUGAAACUUCUAUUAAAUGGAUAUCCACCACGAUUUCUUAAGUAUCAUUUCGAUCGAUUCCAUCAGAUGAUAGAUGUUCAUAUGGAGUUAGAUGUACAGCAAUAUCAAACUUUACAUCGGAAAUUAUUAUAUUUGCCUACACGACAGUUAGUUGCAAAUAAUGAUGUGGAAACAAAGAAACAAUGGGAUAGGAAGAUCUUAAUGUUACCGCAUACAUUCGAAGGUGGUCCAUCGAAGGAUUUUAAUCGACAAUUUCGGCAAUUAUGGACGAAAUAUUAUGGUUACAAAGGAUCAGUUGUCAAAGAUGUACGUGUCAUGGUAACAGCUAUGACGAAUUCGUCAUUGAAUGAUCUGUUUGUUCGAAAGAAACCUUCGACAUCAUUAUUGACCAAAAUGGAAGUAACAGACGUUGAAAAGUUGACCUGA